ACGUCAAGCGAAUACUGCUGAAAUUUAUUAAUAAAAAAAAAUUGCCGGCAUUACAGAGAAAAUUAAUUAAAUUUAAGGACAAUAUAAGUGAUGUGGUGUUCAAUUUGUGCUACUAUGUGUCAAUAUUUCUUCUUUUAAUAUAAAGGCAUUCAGAGGGGCAACAUUCAAAACCCCUCAAAUCCAAUAUUCCAACCCUUAUCGCACGCAAUGGAUAUGGAAACAGACGGAUAUACUUCAGCCGUUUUAGCCGCGUCAUGGCCAAACCUGACUUACUUAGAGCCGCCUGCGGAACAGCCAGAAUAUCCCCAGCGACAGCGAGUGCCAGUACUGCCAUCGUCAUCAGAAACCUAAGCACUGUGGCGGACAUUUCCACUCGUGUAUUAACAGCGGUGGGAAAUUCAACGAUUAUCGCCAGCAGCACCGCCGCGUCCGAUAAUGCGUUUGAAAGCAAAAUUAUAAUUCCACUCUACGUCAUCAUUUUUAUGCUGUCGAUGGUUGGCAAUACAAUGGUGCUAUUCACCCUCUUCCAGAAUAAACGUAUGCGGACCGUUACGAAUGUAUAUUUAGUUAAUUUGGCAAUAUCUGAUCUUCUCCUUGGGGUGCUUUGCAUGCCGUUCACUCUCAUCGGUCAAGUGCUACGGAAUUUCAUCUUUGGCGCCAUCAUGUGCAAGCUGAUUCCUUACGCUCAAGCUGUAUCCGUAUCGGUGGCUGUAUGGACUCUAGUGGCAAUUUCCCUCGAGAGGUAUUUUGCGAUCUGCAGCCCGCUGAAAUCACGACGAUGGCAAACGCAGUUUCACGCAUAUAAAAUGAUCUGCUUUGUCUGGCUGGCCAGUCUGCUGUGGUCAUCACCAGUGCUUCUUGUUUCAACACUCACGUCAAUCAAAUCAAAAGGUACACAUAAAUGUCGAGAAGUGUGGCCGAGCAAAGCGAGCGAUCGUAUCUACAGCCUGUUUCUGGAGGCUAUAUUGUUAAUAAUUCCGCUCGUUAUCAUGACGCUUGCUUAUUCGCUAAUCAUUAGUAAGCUCUGGAAGGGACUGCAGAAGGAGAUUGAGCAUAACAACACUUUCCAACAAUUCGCACAGCCACAAACACAGGUAGAAAUGAAAUGCGUGACAAGUUCAACGGCGUUGAAACAAAAGGAAGCGCUCACGAACGGGGUGGUGACCACCACAAUAACGCCAACACUCUCGAAUGGCACGGCGAAUGCCUAUGGUGGGCGCAAUCGACUGCUACAGACGAAUGUUAAGCUAAUUGCUAGCAACAACAACAAAAAGUAUACAAAGUCGUGCGUGCCGACGGGAAAUGUACAAACGGACGUGAGCUUUGGAUCGUGGUUCCGGCGAGGCUUCAAAAAGGUUGCUUUCGGCAAGCACCGUACUUGCAUCCCGACAUACAACAAAACAAAGACAACAGUUGCACGUCAAAGUGAAUCAUUAUUAUACCCACCGCUGCCAACCACCCCUGGCAGUGCCCAUAGCGAGGCAUCCCCCAUGAUGCAACUGAUUGUCACUGAUAGCAACAGCAACGAGCAUAAUGACCAUGUCGACUCAAACACAACUUUGAGUCGUAUACCAAUACGUUCUAAUUAUAUGGACAAGAGUAUUGAAGCUAAGAAGAAGGUCAUCCGUAUGCUGUUCGUGAUCGUGCUGGAGUUUUUCAUCUGCUGGGCGCCGCUGCACAUCCUCAACACGUGGUAUUUGUACAAUCCAGCAGCCGUCUAUGAUCUGGUUGGGGCGACCGGCGUUUCGCUGGUGCAGCUUCUCGCAUUUGUCAGCAGCUGCUGCAACCCGAUCACGUACUGCUUCAUGAACAGGAAGUUUCGACAGAGUUUCCUCGCAAUGGUUUGCUCGCCCAGAUGUUGCCGUUAUUGUUGUAAGCCGAAUGAUUUGGGUCUCACACCGUCGAAAAGUGUACAGAUCAAUAAAGGCAAGUUAAAGAUUGUCCACAAUUCGGAUGGGUCUGUUAAUGAAUCAACCAUUUAUGCGGGACGAGCCAGCACCCUUGGACGUUCUGAAGUGAUGGUCCUAGAAGGCGAAGAACGUGUUUAGCAGCGGCUCGGAGUGCGGAGCCGUUGGUGGUUCCUCCUCGACGGCGAGCACGUCGCGCACAAUACAGGUGAUCUCCGUGGAUCCUGACGACGAUUCGUUUCGCUACCGGAUCUCGUGGAUUCGCGCAGUGACUGCUAACGGCGCCGGCUCUCCGGUGGGCACCACUGACGAUAGUCUCUACUCUUGAAACGCAUCCGCACUCGAAAAUAUCAUGCAGAAGAAUGAAGAUUAAACAAUUUCAACUACAAAAACGUUUAAUUUUGGGGACGUAGGGUACAAACUUUAAUAAAUGCAAUGCGCGUAACCCUGGGUUGAACUACAGCGAUAAAACUUUAUAAUUGUGCGUAGGGGGGUUGUGAUGAUUACAUUUGGAAUUCCAAAGGUAAGCGGACGGUUAAUGCGUGAGGUAAAUGUGUAAUAUCGUUGUAUUAUUUCUAUCGCUGAAAUAUUUUAAUUUCAAGAAUAUUUAACAUUGGAUGCUGCCAAAAAUGUAUCAUAUUUUAAAUAUCAGUGUGCAUUUUCAUUGCAAAUAAUUAAUUAUUACAUAAUUUACAAAAUAAUUGUUUCGUUCAUUUAUAAUAAACCAAAAUGAUUGAUCAGUUCAAUAGAUAAUUGGAUUAUAUAUAAUCUCAAGCAUAACGCUUCUAAUAAAUCAAUAAAUAACUUGGACUGACUGGAUUUAAUUAAUCAAACAAUUAUUUUGCUCAUUUUAAUUCACAUUCAAAUAACUGUAUAGAAAUCACAAUAAUAUUAAUAAAUGUUUGUUCUUACAGUUUAAUAAACGUCCAAAUCUGUAAAAUAUAAAUCUAUGAUUGAAUGUUAUCAAUAAUUAACUGAUUUAAAAAUGAUAAAAAAUUGUUGUAUAUAUAUAUAAAUAUUGUUAAAAUUAAAAUUAAAAUUAAACAAGACUGAGACACGCAGAAAUUAACUAAAUGUUGAAUUAUUGUAUAAAAUAGAUAAGAAAAAUUGCAAAAAUGCAUUAAUAACAAUAAAACAAGUUUUAAAUUGUUUAAAGGGCAUAUCAAUAUACAAAAUUAAUUUAAAUUUGAUACCUGUUUAAUUAGUCAUUAACGUUUAUUGACUAUAAUAUACUUUUUACAUUUUACAAGUUUACAAUCUAUUGAUAUUGAGAAUAAUACUUUUAAUAUUACAUUAGUUUUGUACAUGUAAAAUACAACCGCUUAUUGUCGACUUUCGAACGAAACAAAACAAAAUACAUGUAUGUUAUUAGUUUCAUAUCCAAUUUGUGGACUCACAUUUUAUGCUAUGAUUUAUUAACGUUGCUUAAUUAAUAUUUUAUAUCGAUAUUCGAAUACAUCUAUCAAAUACUGUAAUAUCACACACAAACAACUAUUUAUUACAAUUAUCCAACAAACAAGUAUUGUAUGCGAUGCGAAUUGUU